UUAAGCUGCAAAACAUGAUUAUUUUUUCUGCCAUUUGUUGACUUCGUUGUGUAAAGACUUGAAUUAAGUAACUAAAUACAUUUUUAAAAUACUUUAGUUUCCUCCUGUACCUGGAACUUGGAAAAUAAUUAAAGGUACAAACAUGUCUAGUGCAGCAAAUUUAGCUCUUCUCCAGAGUCAAAUCCAGUCAACUGCUGGAGCUAUUCCAGUUUUAAAUGAAAAGGGCGAAGUGUCUAUGCAAAAAGUAAAGGUCUUCAGAUAUGUAUCUGGAAGAAGACCAAAAUAUGCUCCUGAAGAGAGCAGUGAAGAAGAAAGUGAUGAUGAAUUUCCUUUUGAAAAAAAGCAACUUGCUGCUGUUCCUGAACUCCCUAUCGUUGAUGAUGAAGAAGCUCUAAAACAAGAUCCCAGGUUGCGUCGUUUAUUAAAGCGAGACCAAGAGGAAGAUGAUGAAGAAGACAGAAUUGAAAGGCAUCGUCACAUUCAUGAACCUGUUGCUACAGAAGAAGUAAGUGAAGGGGAAGAGGCAGAAGGAAGACCUAGGAGGUGGCGUGAAGAAGAAGAAAGUAGUGAUGAGGAAGAAUUAGAUGAAGAUGAAAUUGAAAGAAGAAGAUUAAUGUUGAAAAAGAAGGCUCAAGAAAAAGUGCAAGAAGAAGAAGAGUUAUUGGAUUUAGAAGAUGAUGAAAACAAAUCUGAGCCAGAACAGUCAGAAGAAUCAGAAUAUGAAGAAUAUUCAGAUUCUGAGGAAGAGACAGAAAGGAAGCUACUAAAACCAGUUUUUGUUAGAAAGAAAGAUCGUAUUACAGUGCAAGACAAAGAACUGCAAGCUCAGAAAGAAAAAGAACAAGAAUUAUUGGCUAAAAAGCAAGUUGAUGAACGAAGGCGACAGACACUUAAGAUGGUUGAAGAAGAAGCCAAAAAAGAACUUAUGGAACAGCAAGAAGUCCAGAAUCCAUCCGAUUUAGUUAACACAGAUGACGAAAAUGACGAAGCUGCAUACGAAUCUUGGAAACUUCGUGAGUUGAAGCGCAUAAAACGUGACAAAGAUGUAAAAGAAGCAUAUGAAAAGGACAGAAUGGAAAUAGAGAGACUGCAUAAUAUGACUGAGGAAGAAAGACGUGCAGAACAGAGAGCUAAUCCUCGUAUAGUGACAAACAAAGCUGCUAAAGGGAAAUACAAAUUUUUGCAGAAAUACUAUCAUCGUGGUGUAUUUUUCUUGGAUAAUGAUGAUGAAAUAUAUCGAAGAGAUUUCUCUGCUCCAACCCUUGAAGAUCAUUUUGAUAAAACCAUUCUUCCUAAAGUCAUGCAGGUUAAAAACUUUGGACGAUCUGGACGAACCAAAUAUACUCACUUGGUUGAUCAAGAUACAACUAUAUUUGAUUCACCAUGGAUGGCUGAAACUGCUCAGAAUAUCAAAUUCCACCAUAAUCAAGCUGGUGGCAUGAAGCAAGUUUUUGACCGUCCAUCAGCAAAAAAAAGGAAGAAGUAAAUUUAUAUUUUAUUCUUGUGGCCUUGUAUAUACUGAAGCUGGACUUUAUUAUUAUUGUAAAUAAAUAUUAAGCCCUUUAUAAGACUUUCUGUAUUUCUUCUUUUCAUAUUUAGAUUAAAAUGUACAUAUAAUUUCAUUCAAUAAAAUGAGUUAUUUUAUUUGUUCA